CAAAACUGGUUUAGGACACACCAACAAUAUACUCCCAAAUCUUGUAGCAUAGUGGAGCAUAUUUGAGAGUGAAAGCUUUUGAAAUAAAACAUGUCGACUGCUGGUCAGGUUAUACGUUGCAGAGCUGCUGUGGCAUGGGAAGCUGGCAAACCGCUAGUGAUCGAAGAAGUGGAAGUCGCACCACCACAGGCGAAUGAAGUUCGUUUGAAGAUCCUCUAUACUUCCCUCUGCCAUUCUGACGUCUACUUCUGGGAAGCUAAGGGACAAACUCCUCUGUUUCCUCGGAUCUAUGGCCAUGAGGCAGGAGGGAUUGUGGAGAGUGUUGGAGAGGGUGUGACAGAUCUUGCCCCGGGAGAUCAUGUCCUUCCAGUGUUCACUGGAGAAUGCAAGGAAUGUGUCCACUGCAAGUCAGAAGAGAGCAACAUGUGCAGCCUCCUCAGGAUCAACACCGACAGAGGUGUGAUGCUUAAUGAUGGAAAAUCCAGGUUCUCCAUUAAUGGCAAGCCUAUUUACCAUUUCUUGGGCACCUCCACCUUCAGCGAGUACACUGUUGUUCAUGUUGGCUGUGUGGCCAAGAUCAAUCCUUUGGCCCCUCUAGAAAAAGUUUGUGUCCUUAGCUGUGGUAUCUCCACAGGUCUCGGUGCUACCUUGAAUGUUGCAAAACCUCCAAAAGGUUCAACGGUGGCUGUCUUUGGAUUGGGCGCUGUAGGACUCGCUGCUGCAGAAGGGGCUAGGCUCUCUGGGGCAUCUAGAAUUAUCGGUGUUGAUGUGAACCCCAAGAGAUUUGAGGAAGGUAAAUGGUCCAGUCCUAUGAAGAAUUUUGUAUUUGAGCACCAUUGCUCCUAUGUUCUACAAUGGAAGUUGAAAACGGAAAUGGGUUUUUCUUUGCUUGUCAUUUCAACAGCGAAAAAAUUUGGAUGCACGGAGUUUGUGAACCCAAAAGACCACAACAGGCCAGUUCAAGAGGUUCUUGCUGAGAUGACUGAUGGAGGAGUAGAUCGGAGCGUUGAGUGUACUGGAAACGUUGAUGCCAUGAUCUCUGCAUUUGAAAGUGUUCAUGAUGGUUGGGGUGUUGCUGUUCUAGUGGGUGUGCCUCACAAAGAUGCUGUCUUUAAGACUCAUCCAAUGAACUUACUGAAUGAAAGGACUCUCAAGGGUACCUUCUUUGGAAACUACAAGCCACGCUCAGAUCUUCCUUCUCUUGUAGAAAAAUACAUGAACAAGGAACUUGAAGUGGAGAAGUUCAUCACCCAUCAAGUCUCAUUCUCAGAAAUCAACAAGGCUUUUGACUACAUGCUCAAGGGAGAAGGUCUCCGAUGCAUCAUCCGCAUGGAUGGUUAAAAUGGAGUACAGGCCCCGCAUCUGAAUAAAGUGAUCUCACAUAAAAUUGAAAUAAAGAAAAUAAAAAGGUCAUUAGCCAAUAUUGAUCUCAGGCUCUCAGCUGUCUUGGGUUGUAGGAAUAGGAAGGUAGACUGGGCAUGUCCAACCUUUGGCAUUUUUGCAGAGUGACUGCAUUCAGACAUUUUCAUCAAUUUACCGAGUACUGGACCCUUAAUUGAAAUAAAGAUGUGGGAUAAAAAAGAAUUUAAGGAAGCAAAUCUUUUGGGUUACUGCAGAUAACCUACCUAUGCUGUAUUUUUUUACCUACCUUCUUUUAGCUAUCCAUAAAAAAAAAAAGAAAAAAGAAAAAAAAAACUACUUUUUGCA